GAGCUCUCCCCGAGUCUGAACAAAUCCAGAACAACUCAGCGGACCUAGAUAUAUACACAUUAUCAUGCGCUUCUUUUCGUCUAUCUCGCUCCUGCUGUGCGCCCUCGCGGGCUCAGUCCACGCCCAAUUCGGCUUCUUUGAGCAAAUGUUCGGGGGACAGCAACAGCAACACCAACAGCCAGCCCAGAAUGUUCCCAGCGAUGCGUCUUUCUAUCGUGCAAACUACGAGCGAGCACGAUGCCCCAAAUACCUCUGCCCUGACACUCUUGCUUGCGUCGACUUCCCCCACCACUGCCCUUGUCCGUGGGCCGAACGCGAAGACAAGUUCGAGUUGGCUGAUGGACAGCGAAUAUGCGUGUCCAAGGGCGGGUUCAAGGCCGGGGAGGCUGCCAGGAAAGUCGAGCUGGCCAGGAAGGGACUCUUGUGAGCGCGGGUAUGGGGGCAUGCGCCGAGCUGUCGGGCAAUGAAGGGAUGAAGGAAACGAAGUCACGACUGGGUGUGUCUUGGGAAGCCUAUCUAUUCGGAUCUUUGCUAUAGAGUAUCUCCAGAAUGGCCCCCGGUAGGGUGGGCUCAGAGAUCCGGCUGGGUUGUUUCAACCUCGAGGUCGAGUGCUAUAUAGUGCAAUACAAGAGACCAAAACUGUCCCGCCGCGGAGGGCGAAUGAAAGCAGAAACUAGCCAGAGGUGAUUCCAACACGGACAGGCAAC